AUGGCUACCCCACCAUCGUCACCAGAUUCGAUUUUGUUAUAUUCUCGAGAUUGGAUGAACUUCAGUGACUUACACACAAUAUUCUGUGAUUGUGAGGAGAGAAUGACGGAAUCACAGGUGGAGAUGGAUCGCAUUAAGGAGGAAAUGGGGAGUGAUUCUGUGAUAUCAAGGAUCGAAAUGCUUACCGUGCAGUGCCGAUUAGACCGUAACAAUAAGAAAAUGCAAGAUAUGACAGUUGUGGUGGUAGGACACGUGGUGGUGACGUUUGGUUUUCUCGUGGGGAAAAUGCACACUCUAAUCUAA